GCUUCAAGCCACACGACUGCACUUGGAGGUAGAAGAAGAAAACGAAGCUCACACGUGUUUUCAACAUGUCUGCGUGCUGUGUUUUUUGAUGGGGUGUUUUGAAAACUUGAUGCCAUUUCGAUAAUUCAGAAAUCUGUAGAGAAAAACAAAUUUCCUGCCGCGGGCUGAAAGGACACUAAAGUGACGGGAUGGCCCAGAGAAAGAAGAAGCUGACGAAGAAGAAGAGACACACAGCCAACAGAGAGCCGGAGACGGACUCUGACGGAGACUUUGAGCUGGCUGUUGAAAUUAAAAACGAUGAUUCGCCUGGGCGGAAACUGCCACGGUUCCCCGCAGCAUCAGAGUGCUUGUCAGAUGUGGAGCCAGACACCAGGGAGCUGGUCAGAGCUCAAAACAAGAAGAAAAAGAAAUCUGGAGGGUUUCAGUCCAUGGGUCUCAGUUACCCUGUUUUUAAAGGCGUCAUGAAGAAGGGUUACAAAAUUCCUACUCCCAUCCAAAGAAAGACUGUACCUGUAAUUUUGGAUGGAAAAGAUGUUGUAGCCAUGGCUCGGACUGGCAGUGGUAAGACUGCUGCCUUCCUGAUUCCCAUGUUUGAGAAGCUGAAGGCCCCUCAGGCCCAAACAGGAGCCAGGGCCCUCAUUCUGACCCCCACCAGGGAGUUGGCCCUACAGACCAUGAAGUUCACGAAAGAGCUGGGAAAAUUCACCGGUCUCAAGACUGCUUUGAUCCUUGGUGGAGACAGGAUGGAAGAUCAGUUUGCUGCUCUUCAUGAAAACCCUGACAUAAUCAUCGGUACCCCUGGUCGUCUUAUGCACGUUGUCAUGGAGAUGAACCUGAAGUUGCACAGUGUGGCGUAUGUGGUGUUUGACGAGGCUGACAGGUUGUUCGAAAUGGGUUUUGCUGAGCAGCUUCAGGAGAUCAUCCGCAGACUUCCAGACACCAGACAGACUCUGCUGUUUUCUGCCACCCUGCCUAAACUGUUGGUGGAGUUUGCCAGAGCUGGCCUGACAGAACCUGUACUGAUUCGUUUGGAUGUGGAUUCUAAGCUCAGUGAUCAGAUCAAGCUGUCAUUCUUCCACCUGCGUGUGGAUGACAAGCCGGCUCUGCUGCUCCACCUCCUGAGGAACGUAGUGAAGCCUCAGGAACAGACAGUGGUCUUUGCUGCCACCAAACACCAUGUGGAGUACCUAAAGGAGCUGCUGUCGUCAGAAGGUUUAGAGUGUGCCUACAUCUACAGUGCCCUUGAUCAGACUGCCAGGAAGAUCAACAUUGGGAAAUUUGUGCACCGGAAAGCCAUGGUGCUUCUGGUGACUGAUGUUGCUGCUCGUGGUAUAGACAUCCCCCUGCUGGAUAAUGUCAUCAAUUACAACUUCCCCUCCAAGGCCAAACUCUUCUUGCACAGAGUUGGGCGUGUGGGACGAGCGGGCCGAAGUGGCACAGCCUAUAGUCUGAUUUGUCCUGAUGAAAUGCCUUAUGUCUAUGACCUCCACCUCUUCCUAGGGCGACCAGUUCAGUUUGCUUCGCCUGAACACACACAAGAUUCAGAAGGUGUGUUUGGUCGAGUCCCUCAGAGGAUCUUGGAUGAUGAAAGUGCUCAUCUGAUCACGUCUCACGAAAACUCGCUGGACCUGCAAAAUCUGCUCCGUGUCUCAGAGAACGCCUACAAGCAGUACCUCAAGUCGCGGCCAAACCCCUCGCCGGAGUCCAUCAGACGGGUUAAAAACAUAGAUCUGUCCAGCAUGGGUGUCCAUCCAGUACUCGGGUGUGGUCUGGAAAAAAUGGAACUGGAGUGCCUUCAAAUAGUCGAUGCCAUCAAGAGCUACAAAUCCAAAGCGACCAUCUUCGAAAUCAACUCCAGUAGUAAGACACCAGCCAGUGAGGUGAUGCGGGCCAAACGCUCUAAAGACACUCGGCUAGUGGACAAAUUCAGCAAGCAGAGAGAGGACCGAGCUGCAGAAAGCAGGCUGCAGCAGCCAAUCAACCCCACCACUACUGCUGACUGUGACAUCACAGAAAAGGAGGAGAGUGAUCUAAAUGGGGUGUUUUCAGAGGUGGUAGGUGGUAAAAGAAGAGGUCAGCAGGAAGAUGGUGAAGAACGACCAAAGACCAAGAAAAAAAGGCAGUCAGGCAAAGAUGAAGAGUAUUAUAUCCCUUACAGACCUAAAGACUUUGACUCUGAGAGAGGGUUGAGUCUCGGUGGAGAGGGCAGUGCUUUUGAACAGCAGGCCUCUUCAGCUGUCCUUGAUCUCAUGGGAGAUGAAGGCGAUCGCCUUAACCAGCAGAAAAAAAUGAUGAAAUGGGACCGUAAGAAGAAGCGUUUUGUGAGAGAAACGGGAAAAGAAGACCAGAAGAAGAAGAUCAAAACAGACAGCGGUCAGGUUAUCAGUAACAAGAAGAACAGGAAGAACUUUUAUGAGGAGUGGAAGAAAAAAUACAAGAUUGAUGAUACAGGAUCUGGAUCAGACGGAGAAACAGGCGGAGGAGGCAGGAAGCCAGCAAGAGGUCGUGGCCGUGGCCGACGAGGUCCAAACGUACAGAGCUCCGGUGACCACAAAGCACGCUCGGAGCUGAAAACAAAGGAUCAGAUCAUGAAGCAGCGCAAGAAAAAGCAGAAGCACCAGUUCCUGCAGGGCGGGGGAUGAGCAAGCUCCGCUCCAAGAACAAAAAGUGGCUCGGAGAAGUGAAAAAGUCAGGUUUUGGAAGGGGUGGCCAUAAGAAAGGCAAGCUGAGGAAGAAACUGUGAGGAGGACAGAGGGUUGAUGGUGUGGAGGACAUCACGAGGAAGUAAGCGUCAGAAUCACCUGAGAACAUCACCAAAGAUUUUCCUGGCGCUUUGUGUGACUGUAGAUUAAGGAGACAAUGAUUUGUGCAUCUUUACGCUGCAGAAAUGCACGUCACUUCUUCCUUGAUGGCCUGCUGAACUCUGCGUUUGCCACAGAGUUAUGUUUAAUUAUGAUCCACUAAUCUGGAUUUACUACUUGUAAGCAUGUUGGCAGUCUAAUAAAAGUGUUUUGGAGUACUGAAA